AUGCAGUCCAAAAUUGUUCUCGUGAGUUUGGCUCUGGCUGGCUUUGCUGCCUGUGGCCCUUGCAAGCCGAGCAGCCGAGUCACAGCGAGCAGCCCUCCUACCACCUCAUCUGUUGCGACAAUCGAUGUUUCCGAGAGUUCGACGGACAGCCAAACGAACAUCAACAGCCUGACCAUCACGCUAUCUGCUGGUACCACCGAAGUUCCCAGUUCUACUCUUCGCCAGUCAUCAACAACGACCCAAGAGGAAGACAUCAUCAUCACCAACGCUAUUUCAGGUGGCUCUUUCGCCAGUCGCGACCCCAACAGCCCAAGUGGCCUCACCAACUUCGGCGCCUCGGGUAAUGCCGAGUUCCACCAAGGCGGAUGCUACCGUGUCGAUGGUAGUCUCGAUGAUGGCUGCGCGGCUUUGAGUGCUAAUGGAGACGUCACCAAGCGAAGCUUCUUUGGCUCUUUUGCUAGCAUCUUCCAGACUGUACGAUCGGUCCCGAGAAAGAAGUACACUAUCCAGUUUUUUUAUCUCAUCAGGUCAGCUGGGGGCCAGGGCUGUAUUGCAAGCGCGGCAUUUGGCAAUGCAGAGUUCUAUUCUCAGCCUGCUUCUAGCUCAGGACCAUCGUGGGCUAGGGUACUGAGGCAGGUUGAGGCAUUUUCCGAUUUGACAACCUUUGCUAUCUCACUGACAUGCUCUGGUGGUGGUACAUCUUCAAUCCUGGUCGACUCCAUCUUCAUCUCGGACCAAAUAACUCCAGAGACUAUUGACAACUUUCAUCUUGACUUGGGUGGGAGCGCUCCGAUCGAUCCUGUCGAGACUACGACAGCGAUCAGGGCUCAAGAGUCCCCUACUCUCACAAGUCAAAGCGAGUCAAUCGACAUCGGCGGCUUGGAGAGUACGAGCGCUGCGACAUCCAUCUCGACGACCUCUCUAGAAGUCGCUUCGUCGGCUACCACUGAGGCACAGUCCAAUAGCUCUGAUUCCGAAAUCGCCAGUGCCGCAUCGGAGAGCAGUGAGAAUUUAACAUCUUCGACUGAGCCUCCUUCAGGAGGAGCCACUGAUACUACGUCCAUCAGCGUAUCUUCGACGUCACCAGCUGCUGGAGAGACAAGCGUGGCCGAAACAACUAGCUCAACAUCAGUGGAAAUUGGCUUGACAUCUCAAUCUGUCACUACAGCAGAGCCUUCUCAUACCACCAGCUCUGCCUGCAAGCAAACAUGUGAGAUUAUCAGCGACUAUUACGCACACCUCGAUGACUUUGGCUGCGAUCUUAAUGGCGUUUUCACGAAUAGUGGUGCUAUUUAUACCCUUCCUGGUGAAGAAGUGGGUGCGCCACAAACACACUCGUACAGCACCAAUGCUGAGUGUGCCGAGAUCUGCAAGACUCUUCCAGGAUGCUUGUCAGCUGGAUUCCAGACACUCUCUGGCAAGUGUUUCUUCUCCAACACCUUGGUUACUCGAGACGAAAUACGCGAUGGAAGAGACAGUCAAAUGGUUCAUUGGUUUGGUAUGGAGUGCUUCACAUGCGGCUGCAGUACCGGUGGCACAUCGACAUCGGCGAUUCCUACGACUACAGUAGUUUCCGAACCUACCAGCUUCACCACUACCACUAAAGCUACUCAGCCAACAGGUGUUUGCCACAACAACCGCGGCCAAGAGUGUGAGAUCAACCCAUCAAGCGUCGAGAACAACCCCUAUGUCUGCAUUGGUGGAGGCGUCUUUCUGGGAGAGGCCUGGACAGUUCCUCGCUCACUGUAUCCUAUGCAGGAGAACGGAGAGCAGUGCGCAGCCAUCUGCGACACUCUGGAGAACUGUGAAUCCUCUGGGUACUUCGGCAUGGAGAACCACUGUCUCUUUACAACAACCAAGAUAACAGACUCCGACUUUGCUGAACCCGAUCCGAACUACGACGACUUUGGUCUGGACCCCAAGAACAGUGUUUGGAGUCAUAGAUCCUGCUACACGUGUCCGACCUGCGUCCUUAGCAACGCACCUCUUCCCAAGAGUCCAACGUGCAACUACAAGCCUGGUGACUCUUGCACGCGCGUAAGUGCGGAUGGCGUUCUCUGCAAUUAUUUGGGAAUGUUGCCUGGGACUUUUGGCGCUCUUGGCAGCUAUCCUGACCAGAGCUCAUCUGGAAAAUGUGCUGCUAUCUGCCGGAAGAUGAAAGAUUGUAUGGGCUCUGGUUAUCGGGAUGGCCGGUGCAUGUUUACAAGCACAACGCUCGCGCCAGGUGAUUUUCUGGAUAGGCAUAAUUACGAUCUUGUCUGGGACGACCCUUCAUGCUUCGAAUGCCCUGGGUGUUCAACUUAG